CUUAUGGAAGUCAAAAAUUCAAAUAAAAAAUCAGAUCAUGUUAUUUGUCCAUUUCAAAACCUUUAUGAUAUUCUUGAAAAGAUACACAGCAACACGCAGCAACAUUCUGGAUCAAAGAAGACAUAUGAGGCAAUUAGUAACCAGUUUGCUUAUAUUCCUAGAUCAUUCGUAGAACUAUAUGUCUCUCGUUAUACACAAUGUUGUAUAAAAAGAAGUUUUCUGGCACCUAUAAUUGGAAAAACUAUUGUUUCAAAAAAGUUGUUACAACGUGUACAGGUCAAUUUAGUUUUAUUUGAAAAAUAUUCAGAUAAUGAGUAUAAGUAUAUUGCACAUCUUUGUAAUCACUUUACGCGGUUUUCAUGGACAUGUCCAUUACGCACCAAGGAGGCGUCAGAAGUUGCUAUAUUUUUAUUUUCAGUUUUUAUUGUUUUUGGCCCUCCUUAUAUUUUACAAAGUGAUAACAGUCAGGAGUUCACCGCACAAAUUAUUCAUGAACUUAUUUGUUUAUAG